AUGGUACCCUCUCAAACAGUCCAGAUCUGGAACCAAGACGACUUGAUCAGCGAACAUAACUGGCGAGUUUUGCGAAGCUCAUACCAGGACCACCAAUGGCAAUCAGUUGACAUCGCAUUUGCCAAUGUCACUGGUGGAUGUAUGACUGAUGGGGGCGAACUCUCUACAGACUUUAAGGCCCUAAGCAUCCUCAUCUCCCACGGGGAACCGGCGACGUUAGAGGAAACAGCCUUUGACACCCCAGGAGUCCACCAGUUCUUGCUACAGACUCUCUUAGCGUCGGUGGCCGAAGGUCAAGAGCGGUUAAUCAAGUUGAUCGUCCCGCUGGCAAAGGGAUACAUAGUGCGAUCAGAUAUCAUCACUUUACGACUUCAAGAUUGUCCGCUUGUUGAACAGAUCAGAUCUUUUACAAAUCCACUGCAAAGCUAUGAAGGGCGUUUGACUCCUAGUUUGCUUCUCCGCAAUGACGACAUCUUCCUGCCAGCAAUAUUCUCUGCAGCGGCAGCCUGCAUACUCGUGCAACCGGUACCCCUUGCUGACCUGGAGACUGUAUCAUCGGAUUUGAACAGAGAGCUUGAGAAUCGUCUCUCUUUCCAAUGGAUUACUCCAGAGCCAGCACGUCAAAGGACACUUGCACUGGUAGAAGCCAACAGCUCACACCCAGAAAAUGGACUAGGCCUCUAUACCGCGGCGGAGGCGUUGGGGAUCAAAUUGGUCGUCUUGGAUAAUGCCGGACAUUGGCUUGAAAGCCCCCAUCACGUGAAGUCAUGCGAUGCAUUUAUUCCAACCCGAUUGACAAACCCCCCAGGAAAGGAAAUGAAAGAUCACAUCCUCGAGUCCUUACGGACCUACGGUAAACCCCCCUACGUCGCUGAAGCCGCCAAUGUUCUUGGCCUGCCAACUUCGUCUCCAGAAGCCUUCAAGACUGCUACAAACAAGUACCAUACGAGCGUAUUCGCCGGCCACCAAGCUUAUCAUGCCUCAAGUCUCAUUCAAGUCAUCUCGAUAUCCCAAGAGCCAGACUUACCCUACCCGUUGAUUGUUAAGCCCUGUGGGGGAUGGAGUUCUGAAGGGGUGUACCGCGUUGAUUCGCGUGACGCGCUCCUAGACGCCGCAAGCGCAAUUCUCGCUUCCCGCCACGGACCCGAGUUCGUCAUUGAGCCUUAUUGUGACGGACCCGAGGUCGACGUCAAUCUUGUUCUUCUGGAUGGAGAGCUUCUGUUUUUCGAGGUGUGCGAUGAUUUACCAAAACCAGCAGAUGUCAAUGGACCAACCGUUGGUGCCUUGAACAAUUUCCAUGAGCUGUGCAGUGUUUACCCCUCGAACUUACCCGAGGCGGAGAUCGAACUGCUGCGCAAAUCUUUCCUGGGUAUGCUGCUAUCACUUGGCCUGAGGAGCGGUGUGAUGCACCUGGAAGGACGCAUAGAGAACUCCACCGUUCAGUACAUGAAAAGGGACGGGGUCUCGGUGCUCUCUCAGCGAGCCAAUGAUGGUGAUAAUCCACCGAAGGCAUGGCUUAUCGAGAUUAACCCGCGCCCUCUGGGAAUGACAGGCUCCCAAAUUGUUGAAUCCACCUACGGAAUCGACUAUUGGGGCCUAGCAUUACUCCUAGCCGUGGAUGAUAAGACUCGUGUGCGUGAUCUUGCAAGCCCAUACUCCAAAGGACCGCAAUACACCAGUGUGAUGGUCUUCAUCCCAGCCGACUUCUCCACAUCCUGUGAAGGCAUCUUUGAUUCCGAUGACAUCUGCAAGGAUCUACUUUCACGGAGACCUGAUCUGGCAGAGUUCAUCAGUAAGUGUGGUUGUCUUGUCAAAGGAGGGCAACGCAUUCCACACCCAAGCACUGGUCGUAACACCUUCCUAGCAUACUUUAAUGUAUUCUCACGGAAGAGUCACGAAGAAGCGUUGAACAUUGCCAAAGAAGUUCGGGAGGCCGUUAGAUACACUUUUAUUUGA